CGAAAUCUUUAGGGAAACAAAUCCAUCCCACGAUGCAUUCAAAGAUCCUCAUUGCUCUUCUUGCAUCUCUUGUUCGGAGCGUUCUUGCAGGCCCUCUCGUGCAUGCGAAAAUCCGGGAAAGCCGAGUGACGUACCGCGGCACGACUUCCGAUUCGAUCGAGCACUUCCAAAACAUCAAAUAUGCCCACGAUACGUCCGGAGAGCAGCGGUUCGCUCCGCCAGAGCCCUUCAUCCCCCAUUCAGGCAGUGACAUAGAUGCUACUAUUCCAGGCCCAGCAUGUCCGCAGAUGCAGGCGCCGAUACCGCUGUUCUUCGCGGAGACGGCGGAUAUGAGCGAAGACUGUCUGAGUCUACGAAUCGCUCGACUAGCUGGCACUACACCGGACGCGAAGCUCCCAGUCGUGGUGUGGAUCCAUGGAGGCGGUGUCGUGAAAGGGUCGGCGUCUGAUCCGCAUUCCGAGCCGGAUAACCUCAUCAGGCUGUCUGCGGAGAUCAACCAGCCCAUCAUCUACGUCGCUAUCCAGUUUCGGAUCACUAUCUUUGGAUUCGCGCGAUUGCCUACUCUCCGAGAUCAGAGAUCGCUCAAUGUGGGGCUCAGGGACCAAAGAGCCGCGUUCCAAUGGGUGAAAGACAAUAUCGAAGCCUUCGGGGGCGACCCAUCGAAGAUUACGGCGUACGGGUUAAGCGCUGGCGGCACUUCUAUGGCGCUUCACCUCAUGAGCUACGGGGGAGAGAAGGGCGUUCCGUUUACGCAGGCUUGGAUGAUGUCCGGACCACCGGGCACAGCGCUGAACAUGAGCAGUGAUGCUACGGAGGUGCAUACUAAAGCCGUCGCGGAGAAGCUUGAGUGCAAGGGAGAUGACGAUAAGGCAGUGUUGAAGUGCUUGAGGGAGGUACCGAUGGAGAAGCUGCUAAGCACUGCUAUGGAGUAUUCCGUUGCAAAUCAUCCGCCUGCUGGGCUUUUCACUUUCAUUCCGUCAGUGGAUGGCGACUUCUUCCCGGACCGGCAGUCGGUCUUAUACAAAACUGGACAUUUUGUGAAAGGUAUACCGAUGGUAUUCGGCUGGACCCAAAAUGAUGGCACUAUGAACACCGGCCCGGCCCACCUUAUUCAGUCGGAAGACGAUAUGAUACCCAUCAUCAAAGGCUUCGCGCACGCUCUCACAACUGACGACUUCAACAGUCUCUUCCAGUACUACGCGGCAGCCGACUUCGAGCAAGAAGUAGUGAACUAUGAAGCCUCCAAAACCGAAGGUGACCCGGUCGUACCAGUGCACUUCUUUCGCCUAGCUCGCAUCCUGCGCGACUUACUAUUUACAUGCUCGUCUAUUGACUUCGGCUACGAGAUGACCAAGCACUCGCGGCUCGAGAAGUCAGGUUGGUCCAAAGUUCGCCUUUACGAUCUAAACCAGACCAUGUUCUCGCCUUUCCUUAAAGGCGCGGGCAUGCCAUAUGCCGGAGUAACCCACGGCUCCGACACCAACUACAUCUUUAGCGGCGUCUUACUCGAAGGAGCCGUAUCGCCCGAAGACCAGCAGCUCUCACGCGAGCUCACUACCGCCUUCAUAAACUUCGCGUACACCGGGGAUCCAAACGCCCACUCCGAUUCGGACGAAGAGGACUGGCCGCCCGCGUUCUCGCAAGAUAUGGAUCUCAUCGCUGAAGACGAGCCCCGUUCGCUUAGUAUCCAGGUGAUUGGUGGACUGCAUGGUACUGGGGCAGUGCCUCUGAGAAGGAUUCCGCCGAACUUCCUCACCAUGGAGGCGAGGGAGCAGCAGAUCCUGGGUGAGCAGACUGAGUAUGGGGCUAUGCAGUCGCCGGCGUGGAAUAUGAGGAAGGCAGAGGUGGAGAAGGAGAAGCUGUUUGAGAGGUGCGAGUUCAUUAAUGGGUUAGCUGAGAAGCUUGGGCAUUGAAAAGGUGGCUCACUGGAAAUUCCUACAUCGCAAAGUCUCGGCCAGGUCUGGCAUUAUACUCCAUAAUGCCACUGCCGGCAUUUUUUCUGUCCGGGUUUGGAAAGCCGCACCCGUAGGCCUUCGGAGAGUAGAGAGAAGACUGAGGGAGUGACUCUCUAUGCUCAUCAACCAUAAGACUCGCUCAUAUGCACCCUGAUCUUGGCGGCGUGCCUCCCUCAUAUUUGGCUUUGGAAAACUCUUCCUGGUGCCCUCCAACAGAUAAAGACAAGACUGAGCCUUUCCCUCUCCACAUCUCUGAGCUAAGGCGCUUGCUCAUACU